GUCACUGCUACAUUGUGCUCCUUAGCUCACACUCCAGACAUCCUCUAUCGCAUCUUUUCCUACUUCGACGCUGAUGACCUGGAGCGUCAGUACCUCCCGGGCGAUGUUUACGAGUCUCGUCGAUCCCUCGUCUUUGCCGCAAGGACUUGCCGGGCAUUCGCUGACCCAGCUCUGCGAGUGCUGUGGAGUAGCCUGCCUGACGACCAGCCUCUCGCAGACCUCCUUUGCAUCCUUGGGAUUGCCGCUCGAGAGCGCAGCCUAGAUAAUCAGGGUCUCAGUGAUGGGAAUCCUAGACGUUACCCCUUGCCGAAUCAAUAUGGCGGAUUUGGCUUGUAUAUUCCUGACCAUACCUACGAGCCACGGUGGAGACAGUCGAGGGGGUACGAUGUCAGAUACUUCUUCCUGCACGGUGGGGAUCCUCGUCGACUUCCUCAAUGGACUCGGUUCCAACAAUACGCAUCAUAUGUUCGUGCGAUCACUCUCUUCGCUUUUGAUGGUCCGAGGUGGUCCAAGCUAUGGGAAAAGCUGCGAUCGUCUAUCGAUGGCGCUCCAAUCUUACCCGGACUAUCCUCAGUGUCCUUCUGCUGUUUCUCGUCCCGCGAGAUUACUCAAGGCAUCUUCGCCCUCAUUUCUCCUUCGGUACGCAAGCUCGACUUCGCAAUCCCUAGCUACUCUUGGCCCGAGUCUGAUGAGAAGGCGCGUCGCGUGUUCUCGAAGGCAUUCCGCGCCGGACCCGGGAUCACGACACUCCGUCUCGCAUUACCACCUUCUACCCUUGGCCCGUCGCUUUUGAGGAAUCACUGCUCCUACCUCCGCCAUCUUCAAGUCACACCUCGUGUCAAUGUCGAUGACCUCCGCCUGCUGGAUGAUCUUCAUGCCCUUGAGCACCUGUCCAUCUCAUUAUCCUCUGGUUUGCGCCCUCUCCACCUGACACUGCCCUCCCUCGUCACAUUGGUCAUAGCGGGGCACUGGAAAGAUAUGUGCAUUCUCCUUGACACAAUGCGUCUCCCCUCGAUGCAGAUGCUUUCCAUGACGGGCUGGGAGGGCGCACAAGGCGAAGCGGACGUGUCAGCUACCGAGCUCGUCACCGGUGCGAUCCAGUGUUUUUCGGCAAUUUCCACCUGGUACCCGUCUAUAACGAGUCUUUGCGUAAACUCGACGCACACUCCCGUAGAGCCGCGGGGCUGCGUCGUGCCUUACCUCCCGCAGGUGGUGGCCCCGUUCAACGGGCGUCUUAUCGACACCAUCCGUCCCUUGCUGGCCCUCCGCGCGCUUCGCUACAUUGCAAUCCGACUCCCGAGUUACUUCGGUGUGGUAGCAACAGCAUCUGACGGGGCGUUGAUGGCGGACGCGUGGCGCAACCUCGAGGAGCUCCAUCUGGACGUGCGGAGGUACAGCUACGGCCUCAGGAUGUACGAUCCCCGCCCCUGUGGGAUCCCGCAGGAAGGAAUUGCGCACUUCGCUCGCAAGUGCCCGCGGCUUCGUGUGCUCCGUCUCCCCGGAAUGGAGAUGGAAAUAGCAAAGGGGUCCCGUGCGGCAGGGAGGUCUGCGAGCCAGCCUCGCGGCGGCGUGCGGAGACCUAUCAUGCCGAAAUUAUGGUCCAGACUGCCAUGGAGGACGUGGCGAAGCAAAUUCCGAAGCCUGUGGGAGGGCCAUUUCCGAACGCGGCAUGUGUCUUGAAACGGGAGCAGACUGCUGUCGUGAAGCCCGAGCAUGAGGAGGGUUUGGUAAACUCGUUUGAAACUCCAAAAGCAGGCCCGUUGUCCAAGUUAUCCGUAUGUGCCUCAGGCCCGGGAAGCACGAGGGACCGGCUACGGUCCGCGUUUUAUUCACUCGGCUUUGUCAUGUCUUUAGGCGAAGGCAUUGAGGGGCAUCGCUGUGGCAGAGACACGUAGAUCGUACAUGAAUGUUCAACUGUUCAAUGACGUCCAAUAGGUAUGGUGAUUGGCUGCACUGUAUGAUCCUACGUAGUAUAAAAUGAGAUGCGUUCG